AUAAUUUUUGAAAUUGUAUUUAACGCAUUUGAGAAUUUAGUGAUAAUUUUGAUAGUUAAAUAUUGAGUUAUAGAAAUACAUUGUUCUUUGAGUAACUUUCACUGGUUUGUUUGUACGUCUAUUAAGUUAAUCUUUGUGGUAUAUAUUAUAUUUAUAUUUCAAAAUGAUAAAAGAGUUAAGUACAGUCAGAGAAUGUAUUGUAAACACAAAUGUAACUUUAAAGUCUAUAAUACAGGAUAUUUAUUCUUGUGAUGGACCUAUUGAAUCUUUAACUCAGUUAAACGCAGAUGGUAGAAAUCAAAUAAAUGUAUUUAGAAAUUUAAUAGAAAACUUAGAGCUGUAUGCACGAGAAGCGGAAAGUGAACAAGAACGAUCAGAAGUUUUAGAAGAAGCUCGUAAUCAGAGAGAAUAUUUAACUAGUAACAUUGCUUCAUUCAGAAAGGCUAAUGUGGAAUGUAUGGCAAGGAUUCACAAAAAAUCUAGUGAACAGUUGUUAGGCACAAGCAAAGAAGAACAAGUGCGACAUAAACUGAGAAUGGAUAAAGAAAAUUUAUUAAAACAGUCUUCAACUGUUACCAAUCAACUUUUAUCAGUCAGUAGACAACUUGCAAGCACAUCUCAACAAAGUUUGGAUACUCUUGAAACUCUAUUAAAGUCUUCUUCAACUGUAUCUAAUAUAAGUAGUGAGAUUAAAAAUGCUAAAGGAGCAUUAACUCAAUCUGAAAAACUCUUAAACAAAUAUGGACAACGUGAAACAACUGACAAAAUUCUUAUUAUGUUUGCCUUUGCAUUUUUUCUAUGUGUAAUUGCUUAUAUUGUUCAAAAACGACUUUUUUAAUGGUAAAGUGGUAAAGAUUUGAGUUUAAAAACUAAUGAAAUUAGGUUGAUCUGUAUAAUAUGUAUAUAUAUUGAUGGUUAUGGUGUAAUAUUUUUUAUA